UCCAGGUAAAUCGGAGAUUGAAUUGCUAAAUAAUAUGAAAUUAGUUUUGUCAAAGUGCAGUUACAGUCGAUUCGCAAAAAUCCACUGUGCAAUAUUCUCAAGUUCCGAAUUUACAGUUUCAACAAAAAUUUGAGGAUUCUGAUGAGAAUAAAAUAUGCUUGAGUCAUCUGCGUAUAGUAUAAAAUUACAAUAGUCGGGAUGAAAAUUUGAAGUCAUUUAUAUAUGUUAUGAAUAGCAAAGGCCCUAAAAGAGAUCCCGGAGGAACACCACACGUGACAGGCUUGACACUCGAUGCAAUCCCGUUUAAUGAAACAAACUGUGUUCGACUACUGAGGUAACUUUUGUACCACUCCAAGGCCUUACCCCUGACACCAUAAUGCUGUAACUUUUUAAACAAAAUGUUAUGAUCAAUACAAUUAUUGUGUCAAAUGCCUUGGAACAAUCCAAAAAAUAAUCCUACAGUAUGACAGCGGUCGUCAAGAACGGACGCAAUUUUAUUUAUAAAAAGUAGUAUAGCAUGAGAAGUAGAAUGUUUCCAACGAAAUCCAAACUGAGAGUCCGCCAAAAUUCCACAACGUGUGAAAAAAAUUAGAUGUUCGAGUGUAGAUCAUUUUUUCAAGAAUCUUUGAUAAAGUGGUUAUUCAACCAAAAAAAAACAUCAUCAUUCUCUUUCAGUAAAAAAUAUAAUUAUUUUUAUUAAAAAAAAUUUGAUUGACGAGAAUGAGUAGGCUACUCAUCCUAUACCGAUGAGAACUUUCAUGUUUCUCCUACUAGGACUGGUACGAUGAUAGACUGACUUGGGAUCCUAAGGACCAUGCUGGCAUAGGAUCUUUUUCUGUCGACAUCGAUCAAACGUGGUCACCAAAAUUAUACCUUCAGAACACUGUACUUGACCAGCCGGCGAACCCUAUUCAACGUGACGUCACUCAAACGUAUAUCACCUAUGACGGACAAGUACAUCUAGAAUCACCAUUGUUACAUCAUACAUCAUGUGACAUGAAAAUUCACAAGUUCCCCUUUGACGAACAGGAAUGCUGGCUGCGAUUUACAAUGCAAAACACACCAAUCCACCUUGUACGAGUUGACUCAAGUUCUGUACAAGUUGUUGACGGUCGCCGUGACGUCAGCUCUGAGUGGGACAUUAUUAGUACCUACACACUUUCUGAGUUUGUCUCCAUCCCACGAAACAUCACUUAUGAGAUGGUUGGGAUGUGUUUCAAGCUCCGUAGACUGCCAAGGUACUACAUUGAUAAUGUGACGUCACCAAUAGCUAUCCUCAGCUGGUUGUCGAUUAUCAUUUUCAUCAUUCCCGCCAAAAGUGGAGAGCGCCUCUCGGCCGCCAUCUCUCUUGUCCUUGGUCUGACGGUGUUCCAGAUCGUCGUUACAGACAACCUGCCCAAGAACUCUAGAGGAGACGCUGCCGUGGUCACUGAAUAUGUGAGCGAUUGUUUUAUCAUCACCAUAGUCGUCACCGUUAUGUCCGCCAUUGUUAUCAACCUCAGUCACCGGGAAGGCGAGAUCAACAACAAGUUCAUCCGCAGUGUUUUCUUCAACCACCUUGGACCAUGGUGUUUUUUGGGUGGGGGAAGGUGUGGCGGGAAGAAGGCCCAGGGUUCGAAUCCCAAUGAGAGCUGCAAAGCUGGAGGUCUGGAGAUGAAGGAUAGUGCAGCACAAACACGAUCGUCCGAUGGUCACACUUUGUCACAGUAUGAUGUUUGGGUGAAAAGACAGUCAACGAAUCGAUUCGACGAACAAGACAAAACCGAGUCGCCCAAGAUACAUGAUUUCGAACUACUUGCCCGCAUCAUGGAUCGCCUCUUCUUGUUUGCAACACUGGUCUCACUGACCGCCAUCACUGUCAAAUUCCUGAUGGAAAUGUAAAAUACUUCGAUGAUGAUCAGAGGUGUACGAGGCCGGUGAGAGAGAGAGAGAGGGAGAGAGAGAGAGAGAGAGAG